AUGACGACCGAUGUGAUGGGUAUUCCAACUGGUACUUCUAAUAGUGAUGAUUUUAGUGAUCAACGUCUUGGUGGUGAUGUUGAAUUACGUGAAUUAGUUUAUCAAUCACUUGAAAAUGAAGGUAUAUUAUCACGUUUAAAAGCAGAAUUACGUGCUGCUGUUUUUAAAACUAUUGAAAAAGCAACAAAUCCUACUACGAAUAAUUCAUAUCCACCAUCAUAUGAUGGAAUAAAUGGACGUAUAUGUCGUGCACUUGUACUUGAUUGGCUUGAACAUUCAUCUUUAUUAUAUACAGAAGAUGUAUUUAAAGUUGAAACAACUGGUCCAAAUCAUCCACCUCCAUUAACACAAACUGAAUUACUUGAACAUCUUCAUAUAGAUUCAAAUCAAAAUCGAUCACAACCUAUCUUACAUGCUUUACUUAAUCAUAGUAAAACUCCAACCGUUUCUACGACUAUAAAUUCUCUUCCUCAUCAUGUCAUACAAUCAAUUGAUAAUCAAUUUCCAAGUGAAAAAAUUAAUGAUCUAAAACGUUUACGUGAACAUUUUUGUUCACUUUUUUCAUCAGCAUUUGAUUCGAAUGUAUUAGAAGCAUUUAUUAAUAAACAUAUUCCAUCAACAUUAACAUCUAUUCCUAAACGUGACUAUGAAGAAAUUUGUCUUAAAUGGAUGCAAGCAUGUGCAAAUGCACUAGUACCAAAAACAAAUCCUAUUCAACAUGGUUCAUCAACAGCUCUCACACAAUUGAAAACAUCACAGAAUACAGUUGUUCAUAACAAUGUGACAUCUCAUGCUGGUCGGUCGACUUCACCACCAGUCGAAUCUACAGCUUCGUCAUCACCUUCGUCAUCACCUUCGUCAUCGCCACCAUCAGACAAUAAACGUAGAAUAGUUUUUGAUUGUCCAUUACCAACAACAAUAAAUUCAAAUAAAAGUGUUAUUAAAAAAGCGACUGAUAUUAUUCCACCACCAUUAAUUAAUUUUAAUGAUAGUCAUAGUAAUGACGAAGAAGAAGAAGAGGAAGAAGAAGAAGAUGAUGAUACAUCAGCUUCAAUAUUUUCUGCACGUAAUGCAACACCAGCUGCAUUAAAUCAUCUCAAGAAUAUUAAUAGUAUUAUUCAAGGUACUGAAAGACAACAUACACAAACAAAUUUACAAAAACAAUCAAAUACUGGUACUAGAGAUAUUCCAGUUGAAUACGAUGAUGAAAGUAUGAGUCAAAGUGUUAGUCAUAGUAUUGUUAGUAGUGUCGAUGAUGUAACAGUUGAUAAAACAUCAACUGCUUCGGCGAAUAUUGAUUUUUUAGAAGAUUUCUAG